AUGCAAGCCGAGGAAGACGCCGAGUUCGUGGGUGCGCGGGUGGAGGCCGGCCUCCGCGCCGCCCGCUUCUCCUCGCCGCCGUCGUCGGAGGAGUUCGCAGCCUCCAUCGAGCCCAAGAACGUCCCCGCCGUAUUCCACGACGUGCUUAAUGGGUCAGCCGCCUCCUCUCGGUGGGAUCCUCUCCAUGGUGGCCUCGACUACUUGCUGGAGAAGGUGGGACCUGAUGUUGCUGUGGAAGCCAUGAUGUCGAGCACUGGGCACGUGUUCUACGGGGAUCUCAGAAGUCAUGAGAGGGUUUCUAUCCCAUUCUCCACAUUCAUGCACUCCUGCAAAUCUUACCUGGGGCAUCUGAAUGCUGCUGGUGAUUCAUCCAAAGAUAAGGCGAUUGAGGAGGAGCCAACUUGUUCAGAGGAAAUGUGCUCAGCUAUCUCGGAGAAUUCUGAGCAACUCUAUUUAGCGCAGGUGUCAAUCCUCAACACUGAGAACAAAGAGAGAUGCUCGUUAGAAGUUUUAAAAGUGGACAUUCAGGAGCCUAUAUUUCUGAAAGGAAAACCAUUUUCAUCAAUAAACUUCUGGAUGAGUAGGGCUCACAUGAGAUCAAGUACCCAUUAUGAUCCUCACCAUAACCUUCUCUGCGUGGUUGCUGGAUGCAAGAAAGUAACUUUGUGGUCUCCCUCCGCAUCCCCAUUUUUGUAUCCAAUGCCUGUAUACGGGGAGGCCUCCAACCAUAGCUGUGUCAGUAUUGAGGAACCAGACUAUUCAAGCUACACAAGAGCAAAGUACAUGAAGGAGUAUUCUGAAAGGGUUGUCCUAAAUUGUGGCGAUGCUCUUUUCAUACCAGAAGGAUGGUACAUCUUUUUGAACUAUUUUACACUGUAUCACCAAGUAGACAGUGAUGAUUUGACCAUAGCAAUUAAUUUUUGGUGGAAGUCAAGAAUAAUGACUGAAAUGUUAGAGCAUAUGGAUGCCUACUAUCUACGCCGAAUUUUAAGGAGAUUGGUGGAUACAGAGAUGGACAAAAUAGCGCAGAAAAAUUCCUUCAGUCAUGCGAAAGAAAACAACGGUUUUCAGCCUACAGACAAAGCAUUGAGAGGCUCUGAGCAAUUCAAUUUGCACAACGAGGUUAAAAGUCAUGAUACGUCUGACAAGAAAGGCGCAACUGAUACAUCUGACAAGAAAGGUGCACCAUUGCAAUCUUUGGAACCCAGCACCCUACAAGCGCUUUAUGAACUCAUGUCACUGGUUCAUGACAGUGUUGAAGCGGUUGACCAAAAUAACAUAGCAGAAUCUGCAUCUCAGGAUACAUCUUCCAGCCAAAGCAUUGAAAGAAAGAAGAUUGCUGCAGAUGAUUCAUCUCUCUUGGAGAAAGACCCUGUUGCAAAAAUCAUUUUGCCAGUUGAACCACUCGAGUUGCGGAGUAUGCUACUAGCAAUGGUGCAUACUUUCCCGAGGACAUUAGAAGGUUUAGUCCUCAACAUACUUGGACCUACAGGAGCAGAGAUACUGACUAGGAAGUUUGAUGAGAUGGAUCAACAAACCACAACAGAAGAACAGGCUAAGUUCUACAAGACAUUCUACACUGCGUUUGAUGACCAAUAUGCUGCAAUGGACGCACUUCUUAAUAGGAAGGAACUGUUUUCUUUCCAGGGUACAGUACUUCCAGUGACUUGGUCCACGAAGCAUUCAGAAAAAUGCCACUCUGAAGCUUGCUGGUCACUAGUCACACAUCCUGUUUCCGGCAGCUUGGUACGCCAUAGCCGCAUCACAUUCAUCAGAGAUAAAAGUGUAAACUGA